AGUGUCGCUAAGAAUGGCAAAGUGCAUAGGAGUGUUACUGCUGGCUCUCGCGGCGCUGGCUCUCGAUGGCGCCGCAGGGACCCACGAUCAACAAGUGGUCUGUUACUUGGCCUCGUGGUCCGUCUACCGACCGGGCGCUGGGAAAUUCAACAUUGAAGAUAUAGACCCGACGCUUUGCACGACUCUGAUCUAUGCUUUCGCUGGACUGGAUGAGAUAACGUUUGCCAUGAAGCCGAUAGAUCCGAGAUAUGACGUCAAAGGCAGAGCCAUCGAGCGCACGGUGGGGCUGAAGGCGCAGAACCCUCUCCUGAAGGUGGUGGCGGCCGUCGGCGGCUGGACGGAAGGCUCCACCAAGUACUCGGCGAUGGCCCGGAACAGCACCGCCAGGAGAGCUUUCAUCGACUCGGCGGUCGGGUUCAUCCAGCAGUACAACUUGGACGGGCUGGACUUGGACUGGGAGUACCCGGCCACGAGGGGAGGCGUCCCGGCCGACAGGGAGAAUUUCGUCCUUCUGGUAAAGGAACUCAAGGAAGAAUUCUCCAAGUACGGCUGGAGCCUCACCGCCGCCGUGGCAGCCGACCAGGGGAUUAUCGGCGUCGCUUACAACAUCCCGGAACUCAGCCAAUACCUUGACUUCAUGCACAUCGCGUCGUACGAUUACCACGGCAAAUGGGACGGUCGGACGGGCCACAACGCGCCCCUGUACCCGAGGGACGACGAGAGCGCCGCGGACAAGAUGCGCAACGUGGAAUACACCGUCAAGAUGUACCUCGACGCCGGAGCGCCUCCAGAGAAGGUGGUCCUUGGCCUAGGAUUCUUCGGCCGGUCCUACCUCCUUCAGGACCCAGCCAGCAACAGCAUCGGCGCGCCCUCACUCCCUACGGCCUUCGCUGGACCUUACACGAAGGAGGACGGCUUCCUUGGCUAUAAUGAGAUCUGUGAGAAACAAACCCUCGAACAAGGACAGUGGACCCUGGUCUGGCAGAAGAGCCACCAAGUUCCCUACAUGUAUCAGAACAACAUGUGGAUAUCCUUUGAUGACGCAAUGUCCAUUGGACUCAAGGUCGCUUUUGCACAGAAACUCGGGUUGGGCGGCAUCAUGGUUUGGUCUGUCGACACUGAUGAUUUCAACGGUACUUGUAGUCAGACAGGGAUGAAAUAUCCUCUCUUAAACGCUGUGAAGAAAGCCUUGUCAUCUCACACAGCCAUGAGACCAGCUUCAAGCAUCAAUGACAGCAUUUCAGAACACCAGCUUGAACAAGAACCACAAGCUGUUCCAAUUGAUAGCACUGUCUCUGAACUCGAACAAGAAGCACACGUUGUUCCUGAUAAUACUAGUAUAAUUGAAACCGAACUUGAAGGAGAGCCUCAAGGUAUUUCAGUCAACAGCAGCAUACCUGAAAUAAUACUUGAACAAGAACCACAUGAUGUCGCAGACAACACCAGUGUAUCUGUACCACAAUUUGAAGAACCACUCAGUGCUACAGACAACACCAAUGUAUCUGAACCACUUUUUGAAGAACCACACAGUGCUCCAGACAAUGCUAGCCUGUCUGAACAAACUUUUGAAGACCUACAAGCUGUUUUAGUCAAUGACAGUGUGUCUGAUGUAAAACCUGAAGAAUCACAAAGUGUUCCACUAGAAGGCAUUGUAUCUGAGAUCAAACCUGAAGAACCUCAAGAUGUCUCAGUUGAUGGCAGUGUAUUGGAGGUGAAACCUGAAGAAGAACCACAUAAUGUUUCAGUUGACGGCAUUGUACCUGAGAUGAAAACCGAUGAAGCCCAUGCUGUUCUAGUCGACGGCAGUGUUCCUGAGGUGAAAGCUGAAGAAGAAACCCAUAAUGUUUCAGCUGAUGGCGUUGUAUUUGAGAUCAAACCCGAAGAACCCCAUUCUGUUCCAGUUGACGGCAGUGUGCAUGAAAUUAAACCUGAAGAGCCACAUGGUGUUGAAGUCGAUGGCAGUGUGCAUGGAAUUACACCUUCAGAGCCACAUGGUGUUCAAGUCGAUGGCAGUGUGCAUGAGAUUAUACCUGAAGAACCACAUAAUGCUCAAGCCGAUGGCAGUGUGCAUGGAAUUACAUCUCAAGAGCCACUUGGUGUUCAAGUCGAUGGCAGUGUGCAUGAGAUUAUACCUGAAGAACCACAUAAUGCUCAAGCCGAUGGCAGUGUGCAUGGAAUUACAUCUCAAGAGCCACUUGGUGUUCAAGUCGAUGGCAAUAUUCAUGGAAUUACACAUGACGAGCCACACGGUGUUCAAGUUGAUGGCAGUGUGCAUGGAAUUACACCUGAAGAACCACAGAUUGUUCCCAUUAACAGCAGCAUACCUGAGAUGAAACCUGAAGAGGAACUACAAGGUUUUGGGUUCGAGGUAAGACCUGAAGAGCCCCACGGCACCCCAGCCAACCCCAAGUUCCUGUCGCCUGAGGGAAGAUCCAUUGCCUUCGAAGUCAUUGACACGGAAUCCAUUCUGAACGGAACAGAGGAGGACCUUACCAGUGUCAUGCAGACGUCGGUUAUGCCUGAAAUGGGUGAACAGAGUACGGUGGAGUCUAUGCCUGAGAUGGAAACUGACAGUUCAACCAUGUUUAUGCCUGAAGUGGAUGAACACAGCUCCACAACAGCUAUGCCCGACAUGCCAGAACACAGUACCAUGACCUCCAUGCCUGAUAUGUUUGACACGGAGGAAAACAACACGAUGGUCUCAACGCCUGAAAUGGAAGAAAAAAUGACUUCAACCUCAAUCUCAACUGACUUGGACGACCUGCACAAUAUAUCACCCACACCCGAUAUAAAUGACCUGCAGAGUAUAUCAAUCGUCCCUGACCUGCAUGACCGCAAGCACAUGCCAUCCACAACCGAAAAGGAUGUUAUGCACAGCUUUACGACGCAGAAGGAGAUAGAAAUCCAUAGUGUUACCAAGCCGACGUUCGAACUCGGGGACAAAUCUGUGGAUACGAACACUUUGGGAGAUGUGAAGCAAGCCAACAAAGGAAGAACGAACUACCGAGGCGCACGAGGCGGUUCUGGCGUGUGUAUUCCCGCGGCGUCGGCUCUGCUAGUACUGUUGGCGGCGGCGAUGGCCCUGUGCUAAACCGGUCUCUUACUGAUGUUUAGUUUUGGUGCCUGUAGAUGGCGCUUUUUGUGUGUGUGUGUGUGUGUGUGAUAUUAGGCACUUGGGAUUUUUUUUUUUCUGAUUGUAAUUAUUGAUUUAUUAAUAUUAUUUCUAUCUAUCUAUCUAUCUAUAAUAAAUAUUAUUGGUUGAAAGUGG